AUGGAGACCAGAAUCCGAUAUCUCAAGAUAAGGAAUGUCAUCAGGACUAGAGGUCAACCAGAUGCAAGGGAGGAAAUUGGAGCAUUUGAUGAGGUGGCUGUUUACUUCUCUCAGGAGGAAUGGGAAUGUUUGAGCACAGAAGAAAAAGAAAUGUACAAAGAGGUGAUGAUGGAGAAUUAUCGGACCCUCCAGUCUCUGGGGCGGAUCAUUGUGAAACCCUCUGUGAUAGCAAUGAUUGAGAAUGGGAAGGAGCCGUGUGUAAGCAACCUUCAUCAUUCAAUGGAGAAAGAAGUUCUGGGAAACAUCACUAUAGGUGCAUCCCAGACUUCUUCCAAGGAACACCCUAAAGACAUUGUGUUAGAGAACUACUGUGUACCUGAAGAUGGAAGCCAUGCUACGAGCCCAAAAAAGGGGACAACGAAGACUAAGAAACCAGAGUCAGGGGGGAGUAGUAAGUUCCUCUCACAACCAUCAAUGACAAUUGAGAAGCCAAAACAGAAAAGUUGUAAAGUGAAGUAUAGGGACCGUUGUGUCAGAGAAGUAAAUACUUCAGAGGGGAGAGCUAAGAGGAGAUGUUCCCAAAAAACAUCGGCCUGUCCAAAAUGUGGUUUAGCUUUCCAGAGCAAAUCUGAACUUCAAACACAUGAAUGCUCUUCUGAUAAUGAGAAGCCAUAUUGCUGCUCAGAAUGUGGGAAAAGCCUCUCCAGCAAAGGAAGCCUUAGGAUACAUCUUCGAAUUCACACCGGAGAGAAGCCUUACCCAUGUUCUGAAUGUGGGAAAUGUUUUACCAAUAAGGGUGAUUUAGAAAAGCACAAAUGGGGCCACACUGACUAUAGACCGCAUGCUUGUAGUGAAUGCGGGAAGGCGUUUAGAACCAGGUCCAAUUUAAUUGUCCAUUCCAGAACUCACACAGGAGAGCGUCCUUUUCCUUGCCCUGAAUGUGGGAAGUGUUUCAUCAGUAAGUACAAACUCUCCGCCCACCAGCUAGUUCACUCAAGUGAAAGGCCUUUUUUCUGUUCAAUUUGUGGGAAAAGCUUUAAGGAGAGGACUUACCUUAACAUACAUAUGAGGCUUCAUACCGGAGAACAAGGUUUUACCUGUUCUGAGUGUGGAAAAGGUUUUCCUUUAAAGUCAAGUCUUCAUAAGCAUCAGAAAACUCACACAGGAGAAAGACGAUACGAAUGUCAUGAAUGUGGUAAACGCUUUUUUGAACACUCUGCUCUGGUUGUACAUCUCAGAAGCCACACCGGGGAGCGGCCUUUUGAGUGUUCUGAAUGUGGGAAGACUUUUAUCACAAAAUCCCACCUCACUGUCCAUAAAAGAUUACACACGGGGGUAAAGCCCUUCUCAUGUACAGAAUGUGGUAAAUCCUUUAUUUGUAGACAAAUACUGGAGGAACAUCUCAGAGUCCACACAGGAGAGAAGCCCUACACGUGUUUGGAGUGUGGAAGGAGCUUCGGCACCAAAAAAGUUAUUUCCAGGCAUGAGCUUUGCCACACCGGUGAGAAGCCAUUUGGCUGUACAAAGUGCGGGAAACAUUUUGCUCGUAAUGAUCAAUGCAAGAAGCAUAUGAUGAGGAAACAUUCCGAGAAGGGGAAAAGUAGUAUGUGCAGGAGAGGAGCGGUGGAGUAUGAUGACGGGCAGUACGUGUACAGAUUUAGUAGUG